CAUAGAUCAGAGAGAGAGAGAGAGAGAGAGAGAGAUUCCGAUUGCAGAAAUGCUGGAUAAACAAGAGUUAAAUCAUCUAGGCACUUCAGAUCAGAUCGAAGUUCUGUUACUCCUAUAUAAAUCAGAGACCACUCACCAAAAUCGAUUGUGAAGUCGUCCUUGAUCACAUGUAAUAAAUAUUUCUAGCUAGCAGAGUCUCGCUGGGCAAAGACGACAACUAUAUUCAAGAGGCAAUGACCAUCUGCAUUGGCCUCUCCACCAAUUAACCUUGUGCCCAGGUUACAGGCUAGCAGCUACGGAGAACGAGAGAACCACGGAGGGAAGAGAGAGAAUUCAGAGUCUUUUUCUUCUUUUGCAGGCUUGAAACUUGAUCACGAAAAUCAAAUGGACGAUGAGAACCCACCUCGAGUUUCACGUAAAAAUGGGACCCACGAGGCCCCCAGGGCCGGACCCACGAGGAAGGGCAGGCACACUACCGAUAUUGAUGAUGGAGAUCAGAUCAAGUGUUCUGGCAAGCAUUGCAGAGCAUGCACUGCAGGGUUGGUAGCCGACUGCGUGGCCCUCUGUUGCUGCCCGUUCGCCGUGGUGGAAUUUCUUGCUCUUGCGCUUGUGAAAGUCCCGUGGAUGGUGGGGAGGAGAUGCCUGGGAUUGGGGAGGAAGAAGGGUCAGAGGCCGGAGAUGAAGAGGAAAUGCAAGAGAAGUGAGGGUGACUGCGUGGUGGAGAGGGAUGGGAAUGUGAGAAAGAGGAGGGAAGUGGAGGGAAUCCCAGAAAUUGCAUCUGGGUUCGAUGUAGAAGAGAUAAUGGACAGUGGUAGUGCCAGGUUUGAAGCUGAGAGGGUUUGGCUGGAGCUAUACCAGGUUGGUCAUUUGGGUUUUGGGAGAGUUUCCUUCACCGGUAUUCAAAUCUCUGGGUAAGGGCAAUAAGGGAAGGAAACCAAUAUGCAUGGUAAAUACAUUAUUAUUUAUAAGUCUUUGAAGCAUUACCCCCACGACUUUGGGGUUAUUAUAAGUGUUACAUGAGCUCGAAAUUAAGCUUGGCCUUGCUAAUGAAAAUGAAGUGAUUUUCUAUGAUUCUGCAAGUAUAUGUUGGCUCAGAAAACUUGAUUCGUGUUUUAAUCUCCUUUUUUCCUCUGAUCACUAAUCCCAAUUUGUUUAGAACAUUGAAGUUUUAGUUGUCC